CACGGCGGACCGCGCGAUGAGCUCGACGGGGUAUGGUAUCAGCGGGCACAAGAACGCGUUCAAUUCAGGGGUCAAGAUCGGCAAUUAUGUUGAGGAUCAGUAUGGUGCCAAGCUCGCGCGGGAGAGUGUCGUGUGCCGGAUGCAUGGCACGUCUGAAAUGCGUGCCAACUAUGUCGAUCCCCAAACGCAACAGUCGAGCGAGACGGUGCCGCCAAGUGUCCAAGAGCAAACUCAAUCGUACGUGCAACAAGCAGGACUCAGCUACACAUUGCUCUUCCCCCAUGGGCCCGCGGGGAAAGAAGGUAAGAGCACCGAGUGGUGCACGACCAACCAACUCCUGCAUGGCCCGUCGCACGUCCAGAGCCGCAGCGUGUUUGAAAGUGGAUCCGAGAUCGGGACAGCGCACAUCGACACGCGUCACCGAAGUGAGAAGACCAUUGAGCUUCACAAGAAGCUCGCACGGGAGAAACGCCUGCAGCAAUCGUAUGUGUCGACGAUGCAGGCCAGUUCAGCGCUCGUGCGAAAGCCAACGUAGCAUGCCAGCCUAAUGCUAAUGCAUGUCUACUUGAUUGAACCAA